AUGUGUCAACCAGUUGUUGUGGACGGUACAAGCUUUGCCCUUAAUGGCGACAAUGUUUCCUAUCGCUUCCACGUAGACAAUAGUACAGGCGACUUGAUAUCCGAUCACUUCGGAGGCACCGUCACUGGGGACAUCCCCACUGAUAUCGUCACUUCGGUGACUGGCUGGGUCGGCAAUAUAGGCAGAAUCCGUCGUGAAUUCCCCGACCAAGGCCGUGGUGACUUCCGUACCCUGCAAUUCGUGUUCGGCAAACCGAGGGGAAAACCCGGAUUACCGGGCCUGCCGGCUACAUUCGGCACUGAAGACGAUGUAACAACCUUGAUUGUUCAUCUGUAUGACAACUAUAGCUCUGUGGCUGCGGACCUUUCUUACUCUAUCUUUCCCAAGUACGACGCCGUUGUCCGAAGUGUCAAUGUCACCAAUAUGGGCAAGGGGAACAUCACCGUCGAGGCGCUGGCUAGUAUGAGUGUGGACUUUCCAUUCGAGGAUCUUGAUAUGAUCACCUUAAGCGGUGACUGGGCACGAGAGGCCCAUCCUCAGCGAAGAAAGGUUCAGUAUGGCACACAGGGGGUCGGAAGUAGCACAGGCUACUCUUCGCAUCUCCAUAACCCUUUCUUGGCACUGGUAGACCCAGCAACUACGGAAAAUAGUGGUGAAGCAUGGGGCUUUUCGCUCGUCUACACCGGUUCCUUCUCCGUCGAUGUCGAGAAAGGUUCGCAAGGCUUUACCCGUGCUCUCCUUGGCCUGAACCCAGAUCAGCUCUCCUGGCCGCUUGGGCCUGGCGAUAAUGGGAUCGGCGGCAUGUCCCGUAUGUUCCAUCGUCUCUACCGCAACCAUCUUAUCAAGAGCAAGUUCGCCACCUCGGAUCGGCCGCCUCUGCUCAACAGCUGGGAAGGUUUGGGCUUCGACUACAAUGCGAGCACAAUUGUCAAUCUUGCCCAGGAAUCAGCAGACCUGGGCAUCAAAUUAUUUGUUCUGGACGAUGGCUGGUUUGGUGUCAAGUACCCGCGCGACCAGGAUAAUGCCGGUCUCGGCGACUGGACUCCUAAUCCCGCCAAGUUCCCCCAUGGUCUCGCUUCGCCUAUAGGCCAAAUCACAGGCCUCCAAGCUGCGAAUACUUCGACUCGUCUGCGGUUUGGAAUCUGGGUCGAACCCGAGAUGGUCAACCCCAACUCUACCCUGUAUCACGAGCACCCAGACUGGGCCAUGCACGCUGGGUCUUAUCCUCGCACAUUGCAACGCAACCAACUGGUACUUGACUUGGCUCUGCCUGAGGUACAAGAUUUCAUUAUCGAUUUUAUGACGAAACUCCUCAACAGCGCGGACAUCUCCUACAUUAAAUGGGACAAUAAUCGUGGAAUUCAUGAGAUGCCCUCCCCAGCCACCGACCACAAGUACAUGCUUGGAAUGUACCGCGUUUUCGAUACCCUGACUACCCGAUUUCCCGAUGUUCUUUGGGAAGGCUGCGCCUCCGGCGGUGGCCGCUUCGACGCCGGUGUUUUACAGUACUUCCCUCAGAUCUGGACCUCAGACGACACCGACGCCAUGGAGCGCAUCACCAUCCAGCUCGGAACGUCUCUCGUCUACCCACCCAGUGCCAUGGGAGCCCACCUCUCUGCAGUCCCCAACCAGCAAACUGGACGCACCCUUCCUGUCUCAUUCCGCGGCCACGUGGCUAUGAUGGGUGGUUCAUUUGGAUUGGAACUCAAUCCAGCCGACAUGCCCGCAGAAGACAAAGCAGCUCUACCGGGUCUCAUUAAGCUUGCUGAGAAGGUCAACCCGCUUAUUCUAAAGGGAGACAUGUACCGUCUUAGUCUACCAGAAGACUCAAACUGGCCGGCUGUUCUGUUCAUCUCCGAGGACGGGUCGCAAGCGGUGCUUUUCUACUUCCAGACUGCUCCUCGUAUCAAUAACUCUAUUCCCCGUGUUAGGUUCCAGGGUGUGGAUUCGGCAGCUAUGUAUCGCGUUGAAGGAAAGGGUGUUUACUCUGGUGCGACCUUGAUGAACAUGGGGCUGCAAUUCCCCUUCGAUACGGAGGUGGGAAGUAUAGUCGUAUUCUUGGAGAAGGAAUGA